AGCAGCGAGCACGCUGGCUGCAUGAUAUUUAGAAUCGUUCGGUUGUGGAGCGCGCCGGUUGCCGCGCUUGUCGUCCGCCAUCUUGAAUCCGCGCGCACUUUUACGAAAAUAGUGUUUUAUAAAUAAUUUUGAUCUGUUUGUGCCCGUGCGCUUGUGAACUGGAGUUGGAUACUUUCGGUAUCGCAAGCUAUGCACAAAAACAAUAAACUGCAUAUAGUGUAUGAAGGCUUAAUAUUUAUUUUUAUAUAACCUAUAAAAUGUAAUUAUUAAAACAAGAGAGUAGAAUGGUAUUCAAUCGCUAGGCUAGGUUAGGUAUUCUGUGACAAAUAUAGCAGUGCUAAAUACUGGUGAAUAGAGAAGAAGAAAGAUGUCAAUCCUCGCACCAAGCAGAGUUCAACUGGAUUGGGCCCACUCAAUGCCAUGGGAUCCGGAGCGAGGCUGUGAACGAGACGCCUUCCAGCACGUGCAGCGGCGACGAUCUGAGUCGUCCUCGUCAUCCGGAGACACCGCCUCGCAGGGCUCCGGGCCUGACGAGAAGCAGCCCCCGCGCAGACAUGAGCCCCAGAGAGCGGUGCGCGGCCUGCAAGAUGGCAGCGCGGCGCGUGUGCAGCCCAACCCCUUGUUAAGGUCCCGGACCCUCCCGAAUUUCGGCGGGAACCGGUCGCGCGAGGCGUCUCGCUGCGACACAUCCCGGCGCGCGCACCACAUCACCAUGGCCACCGAGGAUCUGCUGCAGCCCGGCCACGUGGUCAAGGAGAGGUGGAAGGUAAUGAAGAAAAUCGGAGGCGGUGGGUUCGGCGAGAUCUACGAGGGGUUGGACCUGGUGACCCAAGAGCAGGUCGCGCUCAAGGUGGAGUCUGCGCGGCAGGCCAAGCAGGUGCUCAAGAUGGAGGUGGCUGUCUUAAAGAAGCUACAAGGCAAGGAGCACGUGUGCCGGUUCAUCGGGUGCGGACGCAAUGCACGCUUUAACUACGUGGUGAUGCAGCUGCAGGGCCGCAACCUGGCUGAGCUGCGACGGGCGCAGCCGCGCGGCGCCUUCUCCCUCUCCACCACGCUGCGACUCGGGCUGCAGAUAUUGAAGGCGAUCGACUCUAUACACUCCGUGGGAUUUCUGCACAGAGAUAUCAAACCGAGCAACUUCAGCAUCGGGCGCCACCCGUCUACUGCCCGUCGUGUGUACAUGUUGGACUUCGGUCUGGCGCGACAGUACACCACCAGCACUGGAGCCGUGCGACCACCACGAGCCGCCGCCGGCUUCCGAGGCACAGUACGGUACGCUUCAAUCAACGCCCACAAGAACAAGGAAAUGGGGCGACACGACGAUCUCUGGUCACUCUUCUACAUGCUGGUGGAGUUCGUCAACGGGCAGCUGCCUUGGAGGAAGAUAAAGGAUAAGGAGCAGGUCGGUCUGAUGAAAGAAAAGUACGACCACCGGCUGCUCCUGAAGCACUUGCCGUCUGAGCUGCGCCAGUUCCUGGAGCAUGUUCAGAGCCUGGAGUACGCGGACACCCCCGACUACACCAUGCUGUGUGGACUGCUGGAGCGGUGCUGCAAGCGACGGGGCAUCCGGGAGACGGACCCCUACGACUGGGAGAGGGAUAGCGUGGCGACCACUCGCGGGCGCGUGUCGCUCCAGCCAGCUGGUACUACGGUAGAGAUGGCGCCGUCUACAGACCUGCCAGACCGCGAACGAGACCGGGAACGGACUUCGCGGCGUGCUACCGAGGUUGAGCCCGCCACCGCUAUCGUGACGGAGACCCAGAGCAACGCGGUGGAGCGAGUGACGCAUAGGCAUGCGGCACACGCGACCACGCAUCUUAACGGAUACUCGACGACAACGGACAAGGUAGAGAAGGAAAAGGAGAAGGAGGUGGAGCUGCGUGCCACGCCCGCGCCCUCGCCAGACCGCCAUGCCAAGGAGAGCGGAUCUGCGGUUGGUAGUGCUACGGGCAGCGCGCGGCCUGAGCGACAGAGUCUACCGCCGAGGACACGCCCCGCAGGCGUGGUUGCCGCUGUGACAGGCGGGACGGUCGCUCGCCUGCGCGUGGUGACGGCGCCGCCCACGUGCGUGCACGAGCUGGCGCACGUCACGCACGGUGAUGUGAGUCCACGCAUCGUCGCCGAUGUUGACAGCGUGCACUCCGAUACACAUUUCAAGAGAGGCGGGCGCCGCGGCCGCAGCCGGGGCGGUCAGGGGGGCGCGGGGUCGGGCGCGGGCGAGCAGAGCUACACGCAGUGCGCGCUCAUGGAGGACGACAACACGCGCGACGGCGCGGGGCUGCGGGCCGGCGCGCUCACCCUCGCCUCCGUGUGGAAGUCGCAGUUCGACGACUCCGACGAGACCACCGACCACGAGUUCCGCCACGAGCACGCGCAGUCGCCGGAGCACAAGACCAAGGGCGUCACGUCCGGUGUGUCGAGUUGUUCGCACGCCGCGCGCACGCAGCUGCCGCUCUCAGCCGCGCCCGCCGCCGCAACCGUCGCCGCACUACCCGCACCCGCACAGAGGACGUCGCCGAGUAAAACAUCGCAGAUCGAUCCACCAGAAGUCGUGGUCCCGGCUGAGAAGGCGGUGAACCAGGUGCCGGCGGCGGCCCGGUGCUGCCUGCACAGCGCAGGGAUUGAAAACUUCCCCAAGGUGAUGCCGGUGUUACCCCGCAGCUGGUCCAUGCCUGCCAUCGGGAACCACAUGCGCGACAUCCGGCCGCCGCUCGUGCAGCAGGCGUCGUUCGAGGACGGCUCGGGCGCCUCGCUGCGGUACCGCGUGGACGUGAUGCGCGGCACGGCGGCGCGGCACCAGCCUGCUGCGCGCCCGCAGCGCCGCUACAGCCUGCCGAGUAUAUCCCGGUCUAGUAGCUCAGCGCGUGCGAGCGUGGUGAAGGCAGGCGCGGCCGCCGCGGUGACCGAGCCCGGAGUGAAAGAGAGCACAGUAUCGAGCCGGCUUGAGAUCAGAGUGAGACAGGCUGACAACGCCUCGCCGCUGCACUCCGUUCGGAUCCAGUCAGUGGUGAGCGGAGCGGGUGGCGUGACGGGCGCAGCUAGGGAGGACACGAUGUCCGUGUACUACGACGCGACUGACCACCACAGGGACAAGCGUUCGUCGACUCGUAGCGGUGAGAAGAGUCAAAGCCCGUUAGUGGACCGAGGGAAACUAGACGCCAUACAGGACAGGAGCGGAGCGGGUUCGUCGGGUCGCAGCCGGUGUCGCGAGCCUAGCGCCGCCGGGGACUCCAGCAGUGCCAGAGAUCGCUCGUCGGGCAGCGGGUCUCGCAUCCCAGUGGCGCGGUCGGGGGUGGGGUACGGCGCGGGGCCGGGGGCGGAACGCUCGCUGGCCAAGUGCGCGUCGUGGAGCGGGGACACACACGACUUCACGCCCGGUCUGAGGCGGCGACGACAGAACGCGGAUAAGUACGCGGCCGACCCCGCACGAGAACUCAACCUGCGGUUCGCGCGGCCGCGGCACAGACACACCUCGCAGCCGGUUAACAACGCGCGGUGUGCGGAGGCCGGCCCCGCUCCGGCCGGCUCGGGCUCGUCGUCGUCCACGUCGCCGCCCCCCGCGCCGCCCGCCGCGCCCUCGGCCGCGCCCCCCCUCCACAACGCAGCACGCGCCCGCCGCUUCCGCCCGCUCUCAAUCGCCCCUUAGGAGGACCACACGCAGGAACGUGUGACGUCAUAGUACAUCAUGUAUGGGCCUUGAGCUGUGGGAGCAGAUCUCUUAGAUAGGACUUUUCAAUUUAGCUUCGCGGUUCGUGCGACGAGCAGCUUCAACGAGAUGAGAUAAUUUACCAAACCAUGACGGGUUUGAAUACUUCCCGAAGAGUAGCCCACAUCCAACCCGUGCAGACAUAGAUUGCGAUUGUAAAUGUCGUCGCCUGUAUUCAUACAUCCUCUCCUCUCUCUGUCUCACAAUCCAAUAGCCUGACAACUUCAACAGAACAGUAUUUUUAGCUGCGAGAUAUAUAUUUUUAUAAAUGUCAAUAAACCUUUCUCGCGUACACUGGACUUUACUGACAAUGCAAACACAAGUUUAAAUUUUUAAAUACAUACUUUAUUUCCACGAUACGUACGCGAUAUAUUAAAAUAUAAUUGUACACUGUGCUAUACAGGUAACAUUCUAUGCUGUAGGUAAUAGAUAGCAUCCCACACAUAUUUCAAGAUCCCGACACGAUUCUUGAGCGGUCUCAUGACCGGAGGUUAAAAAUUGUGUUUUAUUGUAAAUCGCAGUUGUCACUUCCAGUCAGUGUUGGUUGCGCAUUAUAAUGGCUAAAGAGUCAUGGACUUAUCAGCCACUGAGCUUUUAAGUAUCUCUUGUGAUAAAAUAACAAAACUAAGGAUUUCACCUUCUUAGCUGUGUUAAGAUGAAAUUUAGGAUUUCACCUCCUUAGCUGUGUUAAGAUGCGUCCAUUAUCUCAUUUGGUUCGUUGUGCUACACGACCAUAUUCACAAGGGUAUCUUUUAACAAUAUAUAUCAAAUUUUCUCUUUCCUCCAAGAUCGAAGUCUUCUCUUUAAAUCUAGAAUGUUUCAUGGUAUAGAUGUUGGAGAUACCAAGUAGUAAUGUUGAAGACCCUUGGAGUUCAUACUCGUCAUCAUUUGUACAAAAACAUUCAAUUCAUCUGAUUUUAAAUCUAUUUGUAAAGAAAUAUGAAGUUUUCUUAAUAUUAUAUAUUUUGAUUGAAUAGCUAUUGAGCGGUGUGUGGAUAUGAAAUUUAUCUCGAAACAUACAAUUGUUAAAACGUAGUUGAAUAAUUUAUCUGUAAGCGGCGUCGAGACCGUCAAUAACAAUUAUUGACACAUAUUGACAUGAUUGACAAACUUGUUGGACAUUGUUUUCAUCCAAUAAUAGUUAUUAGAUUUUAAAUGACUUUGGACAAUUGAUGAGGUCGGUCGUACGUGAGACGGUUACGUUUUCUUUAACAUGCUUAUAAAAUGUUGUAUUACAAUAUUUGUAAAUCAUAUCUGUCCCCCAAAGGGGGAGACAGAUUAGGGAAUUUUACAAUGAAGCCAAGUAUAUCAGGAAUACUAACUUAUAUUAAAACGUACAAUUAAAAAGACAAUUUCUGAACCUUAGAGAUUUAUUUAUUAUUACGAUUUUAAUGGUACGACUCUCAAAAAUGUUGAAUAUAAUACUAAUAAGGUACUUGAAUUACUGAUUAUUUGGACAGUAUAAGAAUUAAUAACUUAUUCGGUUUAGGUUAAAAUUACAGCUGUUGUAAUGUAUAUGUAAACAAAUCGAUUUAAAUCAAUUUAUUCUUAUACAUUAAGUGGUUUCGACCUAUUUUAUUAAUAGUAAUAUUAAUUCUUUUGCAAUAAUAACCACCAAAAACUUUGUUCGAUGUGUUAAUAAAUUGAGAGAAUCUAAUAUCAAAUUUGGCAUUUUGGGAGUCUUUAAACAUCGCAUGGUCAAUACUGUUAUGAUAUUAUGAACUUGAGCGUAUGUUGAAGAUUUAUCUUUGUAUAUUCAUGAACGAUUGAUUAUUGAUAAUCCGCUGUUGUAUACCCCGCCCCACGUGUCGCUACAAUGUUUACUGUCCGCAGGUGAAAUAUUAUUUACUGUAUAUGACGUACCAUCUCUUAUGCGUGACACCCAUGGUAUAUAUAAAUAUAAAAAAUAUACGUAACUUCGAAGGCAGAAUAAGGUUGUUUAUUAUAAGAUUGUGUUAAUAUAACCUCAAAGUUUGUCGUGACUUAUAAUUAAUAAUUCCCUCUCUAAUUUUGCUUUAAAACUCAUAUCAUUAAAGUUGUGUAUACCUGUAAGGCUCGAGUAGAUUUUAUGAAUAUUUCGAAGCAAUGUAGCGACAUCGGUAGCAAUUUUUUAAAUAAUAAUAAUAAUAUGUAAGUUAUACGCCUUAAUAUUUUAAAUUUAAUCAUUUAAAAUCAUUGCGAGAGUUCAAAUUUAAAUAACUGCUAGUUUUAAUGUUGCUAUGUGUGGGUUAUGCGUUGUGUAAAGUUUAUAGCGAUUCAAGAUGGCGGCGGGUCGCUGCGCCCUGAUUGGAGCGCGGACUGACGUUGACAUUGUGAAGAUAAGAGAUGAUGAGAGCUGCGUAGCGAGAUGUUGAGUGCGGCCAACAAUGCACGCUUCUUAAAUCUCCACUAUUAUUAGAAUAAAGAGAAAAAAAUAUUUUUCAACGACUUACAUACUAUGUAAUCAUAUUAAAUUAUUUAUGCAUUUAGAGCACUCAAGCCAUUACAUAGUUUUUGUGAAUAGGUAAAUCUUGAGAAUGUUCUAGAAACAUAAUGAAUGUUGUGUAUAAAUUUAUUAUUAUUAUAUUUCGCGUAGACGCCAUUUGACUCUAGUCUCAGCUGUUUAGUAAAUAAUCUUAAAUUCUAUACAAUUAAAUAUAUAUAGGUUUAAGUUAUCGUUAGUGACCGGCUCUCCUUUGCUGCUGUCAAUGUCACGUUGACGGCUGUCAGUUUGUUGGCGGGAGGUCGAGGUGGGGAUGAUGUGUCUGCGUCCCGGUGCUGUAGUCUACGUAUUUCUUUGCUUUUGUUCUUAUGUUAUAAGAGCCGUUUGAAUUUGGAACAGUAUCGGGCGUCGAUGGCAGACAUCUUAGCAUGUGCUAGUUAGCUCGGAUAAUGUAAUAAAAAUUAAUUCCGCGCCAAAAUUCUUCUUAAGUAUAACUUAAUAUAUAUAAUCGAAAGAAACUCUUUGCUGUCGCCAAACGCGUUCAUCAGUAGCAAAAGUUAGUAAAAAAUUAGCUUUGAUUACGAAAUGUUUAAGAAGACUGUUGGCGCGUAAACAAAUUCUAGUCGAAAAUAAACAGCUUCCGUCUCAGUAGGGCUAUCGAGUGAAAUAUAUCGAUUAUUUUUAUGACAAGUUGACGUAUAUAUAAUGUAUGAUAGUCUUGUUAUGUAUUAAUGUACACGCGCGCUUCAACAACGACGCUCGGGCGGACGCGACCCCCAAAGAGGGACCACGGCAACUACUCGUAGUUAACUGCUGUCAAAUUUAAUAGAGUUUUGACAGCUGCCACUUGUCACUUGUGAAGAACGUAAACAGCUGUCAAAUUGUGAUUGAAGGCUAUCAAAUGACGGAGUCGUAGGUAUUGUUUUUAGCGAGGGUUUAUAAAGGGCCGUUCCGUCAGUGCUGUUGUUGAAGCGCAGGUGUGGGGGACGAGCGGAACACCAAUACUUGGCCAUACUCUUGAUAACUUAAUGAAGGCAUCCAUCCGCCAGACUGGUAUAUCUUACACGGUACUAGUGUUGUUUUUUAUGAUAGGGAUAUGAAUGUUAAACGAUUGAUCGAAACAUCAGUAGUAUGGCGAGGUGCUGGUCCCGUCCCGGAAGCCGGCGAGCGACACGCACGCAGUUAUGUUAUGUUUUGCGAUAAUGUUUUAUAUUUCAUGAAAUAUGCACAAUAUGAUUAAAAGGUAUUUGUCCUUUC